AUGAAAUCAUAUAGAGGCCUGAAAAUAUGUUGCAUAAUUACCUUCUUACUGAUACUGAUCCUGCUGGUAGCUGGUGUAGUGAUUUAUUUCACCUUAUUGAGGCCUAAAGAGCCCAAGAUCCUCACUCAAGCCAUAACCCUUGAAAGAGUUGACUACACCCCUCCCUAUGAAGUAAAUUUGACUCUCCUUGGAAAACUAUUGGUCAAUAAUCCAAAUUACGGCAGCUUCAAGUACGAAAACAGCACCACCUUUGUUAGCUAUCGAGGGGAUGUUGUGGCUCAGGGACUCAUCCUUGAGGAUACUAUUCCAGCUCGUGGAUCACUUCCAGUGGACACCACCAUCUUGGUAUUAGCUAAUAGUAUGGUGUCAAAUCCUUUAUUUCUCUUUGAUUUUGUGGCCGGUUCAUUCAACUUCACUACUUCCACCACUCUAAAAGGACAUGCCAUAGUUCUCCAGCUGUUGAAAAUUAAAGCUACAACUUACACUACUUGUGAUAUCUCCGUAUUCUUUAUCACUCAGAAUGCCAUCUCUCACUGCUCCUCAAAAAUCAACUUUUAA